GCAUUCUCCACAGUAGAGCUUCAACUGUUUCGAGAUGAUGCCGCAGAGAGAGACCCGCACCUGGCUGCCCUUGGCGGUGGCCGCCGUCCUGCUGAUCCUCGGACCGCAGGCUACCCGGGCGGAGGAGCCCAUCUAUCGCCUAUGUGUGCCGCAGAUUUACCUGGCAGAGUGCCAGCAACUGCUGGCCGAUCCCUCGGAGGCCGGCAUCCACAUGGAGUGCGUGGCUGGACGGGAUCGGGUGGACUGCCUGGAGCUGAUCGAGCAGCGCAAGGCCGACGUGCUGGCCACGGAGCCGGAGGACAUGUACAUCGCCUACCACCGCAAGAACGAGGACUAUCGAGUGGUCUCCGAAAUCCGCACGCAGCAGGACAAAGAAGCCCCCUUCCGCUAUGAGGGCAUUAUCCUGGUGAAGAAGGACUCCCCCAUCCGCACCCUACAGCAGUUGCACGGUGCCAAAUCCUGCCACACCGGCUUCGGUCGCAACGUGGGCUACAAGAUCCCGAUCACCAAGCUGAAGAACACGCACAUCCUGAAGGUGUCCGCCGAUCCGGAGAUCUCCGCCACGGAGCGCGAGCUCAAGUCGCUGUCCGAGUUCUUCACGCAGUCGUGCCUGGUGGGCACCUACUCCACCCAUCCGGAUACGGACCGCCUGCUGAAGAAGAAGUACUCCAAUCUGUGCGCCCUGUGCGAGAAACCCGAGCAGUGCAACUACCCGGACAAGUUCAGUGGCUACGACGGCGCCAUCCGCUGCCUGGACAAGGGUCAGGGCGAGGUGGCCUUCUCCAAGGUGCAGUACAUCAAGAAGUACUUCGGUCUGCCGGGAGCGGGGCCGGAUGCCCCGCCGGCGGAGGGCAAUCCGGAUGGGUUCGAGUACCUCUGUGAGGAUGGCACCCGACGACCGGUCACCGGACCCGCCUGCUCCUGGGCCCAGCGCCCCUGGAGCGGCUACAUCUCCAACGAGAAGGCUGUCCACAACACCGAGCAGCUGCACCAGCUGCAGACGCGUCUGGAGCGAUUCUUCGCCAACGGGCUGCAGGCGCAGAACAAGGACGCCGCCGCCCAUCUGCUCAUCCAACCGAAUGCCGUGUACCACAGCAAGGAUGCGGCCAUCGAUCCCAAGGUCUAUCUGGAGCGAGCCGGCUACAAGGAUGUGAUCGAGCGCGACGGCAGUGCCAUCAGGAAGAUCCGACUGUGCGCCCAGGGUGAUGAUGAGUUCGCCAAGUGCCAGGCCCUCCACCAGGCGGCCUACGCCCGCGACGCUCGUCCGGAGCUCGAGUGCGUCCAGUCCACCGAUUGCGUGGUGGCCCUCUCCAAGAAGGAGGCGGAUCUGGCCGUGGUGGCCGCUUCGGGAUAUGCCGAUGCGCGUCGCAACCAACUGCAGCCGUUGGUCUACGAGCAGCGGGCCGAGGACGAUGUCGUGGUGGCGGUGGCAGCUCCCGGUCUAAGUCGCGAGACCCUCCAAAAGGCUAGCACCAAAUUCGAUGAGAACUGCGGACGCUCACGCCUGGCCGCUGCCUUCCUGAACAAGCGACGUAGUCUGGACGCCUGCCACGUGUCAUCCAGUCCCGAUGGCGAGAUCCAGAUCGUGCGCGCCUCCGAGCUGGAGAAGCACAAGGAUGCGCAGCUGGUGUGCCCCAGUUUGGAGCGACGACCCGUCACCGAUUUCCGUGCAUGCAACGUGGACCUCAGCCUGCCCCGGGCCAUCUUCGUCAGAACCGAUACUAGCAGCGUGGAGCAGGAGACCGUGAAGCACCUGUUCUCCUUGAUCUCGGACAAGUUCGGUGCCCAUGGCAAGUUGGUUGAUGUCUUUGCCCUUUUCGGCGAGUUCCAGAAGGGCAAGAAGAACGUUUAUUUCAACGACAAAGCCGUUCAGCUGACCACGGAGAUUAAGAACGAAGUCCAGAACGAGGAGAUCUACGCAGAUCUCCAGUGCGAUGCUAAUAAGAUCACCAAGCAGUGAGCAGGAAGCGGAUUUUACUACCCAUAUCUCCUGCAGCAUCUCAUUUUGCUUCAAUAAAUUUUAACCUGAAUAUUACAAAA